AUGAGCCUCAAUUGUCUUAGCUGCCAAGACUUGCAAAGGAGUGGUUCUGAGAGGGAGUGGUUGCAAUGUAAAUCGCAUCGAAAUAAACUGAGUUGCAUUAAGGAGGAAAGAAGCUGGUCAGGAAACUUGAGCCUGCCAUGUUAUGGGGAAAUGGGGAGAAAUUCUACCGCGGUUGCUGCAAGGAAGGUGAUCAAGAAAGAGCCUCGCCGGUUAAACAGUACAGGAGGCGUUGCGUUCAAGGGAUGUGAAGAGCCAAAGUUGGUGAGGAGCUCUGGAAUGAGAAGGGAUUGGAGCUUUGAGGAUUUAAGAAAAGCAUAUGAGUAA